UCACUGGGCGGAAAGCUCUUCCGGCGAAGAAGGUCAACGGUACAAAAACAGGCGCGGCCGGCGUGCGUGUUUGUGAAGCAGAAACAGAUCAAAAAUAAAAAGCAAUCGGAUAAAUAUGACCAGCAAAUAUUAACAAUUAAGUUCGUGUGAACUUUAAAAAAAAAAAAAAAACACAGACUUUUUUUUUUUUAAGGGAUAAUUAGUACAGCCCUAUUUUGAAUUAGAGUUGAGUAUUUUAGUCGGUAGCAGAGCGCUGUAUAUUAAUAACGUGCCCACAUUAAUAUCGUAUUUUAUUUCAUUACAAAAUAUCUGAUUUACCUCCGUAGCGAUGUCUGGGCCUAGCGUCGAAAGAGACGCCUCGAUCCCCGCUCUGCCGCAACCCGCUCCCCGGAAAGCGCUUUUCAGCGGCUGCUGGGGCUGUCGGGUUACCUGCGGGGCCGGGCUGCUGUGCGCCGGGGGCUACGUCUUCAUGGCCGCCCGGACUGUCUUAAAGAGAGGGGGUCCCGCCAGAGUGGGGACGGUGGCACAGAUCUUUUUUUCUGCGUGUUUGGCAUCGUGGGGGAUUGUGAUCCUCGCUGAUCCGGUUGGAAAAUCUCAGAGGAAAACCUGAAAAAAAAGAGUGUGUUUCGUUCUCUUGUAUGACAGACCCCACCGCACCCCAACACAUCAAAGACUGCCAGAGAACGACUCUGAAAAAAAACGAGGCUCACACCGAGGUUCGGUCAGCGAUCGCUUUUAAUUGGCCAGCGCGAGAAGCGAAGAAAAGAGUUAUAAUUAAGAACAGUAAAUCAAGGAUUGAGAAACCAAAAAAAAAAUAAAACUAAUAAUAAUAAUAAUAAUAAUUCAAGUCCAAUUAUUAUUCACCAUUUUGUACAAACUGC